CAUUCACAUGCCUGUCUCCUGCCUGCGAUUAUACUCCGAAUCUGACUCACUCUUGCCUGCAUUCCUGAGUUGACCCCACUGCUUUGUCAAUCGCUCUUCCAUCGUUGCCAGAUCACGCAGGACUCUGCCAGAGAAAGGACUGCUUCAACCUCGGCAUUUUUAGUUUUUCAUCUUGGCCGUUUUGGAGGACCUUAAAGAAAAACUGGCCAAAGCUCAUGCAGAGAUUUUACUAACUAGGAAUCAGUUCGUAUUACUUCCAGCAGCCUGGGCAAAGGGACCGGUGGCCUCUCACAUCAAAUGGCUAGCCCAACCACAGAAGUCUGAGGAGAAAUCAAACCAAAGGGAUUUCGCCCCCUGGAUUUUCCCUCCCUCUUUAUGUUUGUUUUAAGUACUUACCUGUAAUACUGUCGUGUACUGAAGAACCUCCUGACGUUUACCACACCACAGACAUCAAGAAGACCCGUUUUCAGGCAUAACUUCAAAGAUGGAUCCUUUAACAGACGGUCCACGUGUGCGCUCUGACAGCGCGAGCAGCUCAGCGUCUCAGGGCUCGAAGUUGGUCCUUCGCCAGCGUUUGUCCCAGCUGUUGACCUGCAUAGAGGACAUGAGCUCUGAUGACGAAGCCAGCGAAGAAGUGUCACGCACGCUGGAUGAAGCGUUUCAGCUCUGUGGACGCUUCAUUCCCACAGAUGCAUUCAGGCUCCACAUUGUGACCUGGAAUGUGGCCACAGCUGAGCCUCCUGAAGACAUCACCUCUUUGCUGCAACUAGAUGCCCAGCCCCCUACAGACCUCUAUGUGAUUGGCCUUCAGGAAGUGAGUGCCACACCAGUGAAGUUCAUCUCAGACCUGAUAAUAGAGGACUCCUGGAGCCACGUCUUCAUGGACUCGCUGGCCCCCAGAGGCUUUGUCAAGGUCACAUCGGUGAGGAUGCAGGGUUUGCUGCUGCUGGUAUUUGCCAAACAGAUUCAUCUUCCCUACAUCAGAAACAUCCAGACCACCUACACUCGGACCGGCAUGUUUGGCUACUGGGGUAAUAAAGGAGGAGUGUCUGUGCGUUUUUCCUUCUAUGGACACAUGGUGUGCUUCGUCAACUGCCACCUAGCUGCUCACAUGAACAACACCCUGCAGCGCGUCGACGAGUUUGAGUACAUCCUGGACACACAAGACUUUGACAUCUAUGACACCCCACAUGUUCUGGACCACAAGGUGGUGUUCUGGUUUGGUGAUCUCAACUUCCGCAUCGCAGACCACGGUUUGCACUUUCUCCGCUCAUCCAUCAACAGUGGACGGCUAAAUUUGCUGUGGAGCAAAGACCAGCUCAUCAUGAUGAAGAAGAAGGAAGCUUUCCUGCAGGAAUUUGAGGAGGGGCCAUUACAUUUUAAACCCACCUACAAGUUUGACCGUAACUCUGACACCUAUGAUACCAGUGGAAAGAAGAGGAAGCCGGCAUGGACAGACCGGAUCCUCUGGCGGGUCAAACCCAAACCCCUGCCAUCAGAGGAUGAUGAUGAGAAGGCGUCAGCUUCCACAGAUGAAGAACAAGAUCAGUAUCCAAUCCUGGUCACUCAGGAUAAAUACGCCAGUGACAUGAGCUAUGGAGUGAGCGAUCACAAGCCUGUCAUUGCAAACUUCAGCCUGGAGCUGAGGAAAGUCUUUGACACACCACUGGUGCAUGUAUCUCCUGAGGGUGUAUGGAGCGCUGACCAGGAUGCACUUUUGACCUACUCUGUCCAGGAGGACUUCAUGUCUUCCACAUGGGACUGGAUUGGCCUGUACAAGGUGGGAUUUAAAAGUGCGUCUGACUAUGAAACCUUUGUUUGGGUUAGAGAAAAUGAGCUGCCAGAGCUAAAUGAAGUCAUACAGAUUUCUGUGGCUAAAGAGCAGAUUCCUCUGCUUGGUGGACAGUAUGUUUUGGGUUACUACAGUACAAACAUACAAAGCCUCAUUGGCCUCAGUGCUAGUUUCCAGAUCUUGGAGUCUAAGCGUGCUGUCAUGGAAGGCCUGGUUCCUGAGGAUAUCAAUGGACUCAACAAAUAAGAACAAACUCACUGCAGUGCCACAUCCUUAUUCCUCCCCACCGCAAAGUCACACAGAUCUGAAUCAGACUUUACAUUGCCCCAAGGUUAUAACUCCUUAAUCUACUGGAUGAGCUGACUCUGUCAUUCAUGUUGGCCACCACAAUUUGUCAUCAUGUUAACUUCAGUUUAUUUCCUACUUUGCCUUAAAGGUUCAGGCUCACUCUUGCUGAAACAAGAUCUCUAAUAAAAACUUUAAUGAGUAGCCUCGGUCUAUCCACAGGCCCUUUUAGGCUAUUAGAGCAGAUAUGCAGGGAUAAACAUGCCAGCCUACACAGUAGCUUGAAAACAAAAAUUGCAUUUAAGUUUUGUUUUGGAAGAAGUGGGCAUGUACUCUCGCUCAGUUUAGACCUUGUUUAAGGACUGCAGAGAUUUGGUAUCCUAUAGUCGCCAGUGCAGGUUAAACAAUAGGUGCAAGAAAGUUCUGCCAAUCAUAGAACAUUGGUGUAUAGAAAACUGUGCAUAGAUGCAAUCUCUUUUACUUUAUAUCUACUGUCUUAGUGACAAAAGAUGCAUCCUGUAAUUGAAAUUUUUAAAUUCUUGAUAUGGAUGGUCUCCAAAAACUGCUGGAUGUGAGUAUCUUAGAAAGGAGCAAGACACAGAAACCUCUCAUCCAGCAUUUAAUAUUAGACAUGGUUCAUGGUGUCUUAAAGUCUUGCUGAGCUAUUUUGAGUCAUGUGGCUUUGUAACAAUUAUAUCUAAUGUUAAUGCAAUAAUAUUAUACAAUGUGUAUAGUGGCAGACUCACAGAACUGUGAUUAUGUUUCAGUUUUAUCCGGACUGGAAGAUUUCAAUCAUUGCUCACACUGGUGCAACACAGAAUGUCUUUUCUGUGCCAAUGCAAAAAAAAAAAAAAAGAUGAGCUGAAACAGCGUGACCUGUGUGUAUUUGUGUGUUUGAAUGAUGUUGCCACAACAGCACAAUCAAACUGUAGGAUGUGUGUAAUUGAACAACUGGCAGGGAGGUGCUGGAACUAGUGUAUCUGUGAUCAGAGUGGCUUAUCUAUAAAAUAUGAAUGUGGGUUAUUUAUUUUCCUCUUGAUGAAAAUCUGUAAAAAUUUCCCACACUUUUACAUGUUGGAAGUCUGAUCAAAAUGGAAAAUUAUCAGCAGACUAAAAAUAUAUUACAAGAAGAAACAUUUAUGUGAACUUACUUAUAAAGAAUAAUAUUUUAAAAAUUUCA